AGAGCAUCCGCCUGUGCAAGCUUGUCGUAUACAGUACACCUUUACGACACCUACACGAUUUGCCUCGUUGCUCAUCUCACCUUUCUUCACUUGCCACUCGUGUGACUCUGCAUCUCAUUGCACUCUUCUUGCAGCACUGUCACUUUCCCUUCCACAACCACAUCAACACCCAGCAGUUGCAUCGUCGACUUGCUGAGACCUCACUUGCUGCACACGACAUCUCACAUCCGCUGCAAUCAUGUCAGCAGAACCGGAUCACGCCCAGAGCAAGGGCAAGGCCAAGCUCGACAAUGACCCGAGCGGUGCUGAAAAGCGCACCGACGACGAGACCGCCACCGCCAUCCUCAAGAAGAAGAAGAAGCCCAACAGCUUGAUUGUCACCGACGCCACAACCGAUGACAACUCGAUUUUGGCCCUCUCCAACAACACCAUGGAGCUUCUGCAGCUCUUCCGUGGCGACACCGUCCUCGUCAAGGGCAAGAAGAGAAAGGACACCGUGCUCAUCGUUCUGGCUGAUGACGAUCUCGAUGAUGGCUCAGUAAGAAUGAACCGAGUUGUCCGACACAAUCUGCGGGUCAAGCUUGGAGAUGUUGUCACAGUCAACCCAUGCCCCGAUAUCAAAUACGCGAAGCGAAUUGCCGUUCUUCCCAUGGCCGACACCGUCGAGGGUCUCACAGGCUCGCUGUUCGACGUCUUUCUCGCUCCAUACUUCCGUGAGGCUUACCGCCCACUUCGCCAAGGCGAUCUCUUCACUUGCCGCGCCGCCAUGCGAACAGUCGAGUUCAAGGUCGUCGAGGUGGACCCACCAGAGUACGGUAUCGUAGCUCAAGAUACCGUCAUUCACUGCGAAGGUGACCCAAUCCAGCGUGAAGACGAGGAGGGCAACCUCAAUGAGGUCGGGUACGACGACAUUGGUGGCUGCCGCAAGCAGAUGGCACAGGUUCGUGAGCUUGUCGAACUUCCGUUAAGACAUCCUCAGCUUUUCAAGUCUAUCGGUAUCAAGCCGCCGCGUGGUAUCCUCAUGUACGGUCCUCCGGGUACUGGUAAGACGCUCAUGGCGCGUGCUGUUGCCAACGAGACUGGCGCUUUCUUUUUCCUCAUCAACGGUCCCGAAAUCAUGUCAAAAAUGGCUGGUGAAUCAGAAAGCAACCUUCGCAAGGCCUUCGAGGAGGCAGAGAAGAACAGCCCGGCCAUCAUCUUCAUCGACGAAAUCGACUCGAUCGCGCCUAAGCGUGACAAGACCAACGGAGAGGUUGAGCGACGUGUCGUAUCACAAUUGCUCACACUCAUGGACGGUAUGAAGGCGCGCUCAAACAUUGUGGUGAUGGCUGCCACCAACCGACCUAACUCUAUCGACCCGGCUCUCCGUCGAUUCGGUCGAUUCGAUCGUGAGGUUGACAUUGGUAUUCCCGACCCAACCGGACGUCUCGAGAUCUUGCAAAUUCACACCAAGAACAUGAAGCUUGGUGACGAUGUUGAUCUCGAGUCGAUCGCAGCUGAGACUCACGGUUACGUCGGUUCCGAUAUCGCCUCUCUCUGCUCAGAAGCUGCCAUGCAGCAGAUUCGUGAAAAGAUGGACUUGAUCGACUUGGACGAGGACACCAUCGAUGCGGAGGUUUUGGACAGCCUGGGAGUCACACAAGAAAACUUCCGCUUCGCGCUCGGCGUCAGCAACCCCAGCGCGCUCCGCGAAGUCGCUGUGGUCGAGGUUCCCAACGUUCGGUGGGAGGAUAUUGGUGGUCUCGAAGAGGUCAAGCGCGAACUCAUCGAGAGUGUACAAUACCCGGUCGACCACCCGGAAAAGUUCCUGAAGUUUGGUAUGAGCCCGUCUCGCGGUGUCCUCUUCUACGGGCCACCUGGUACCGGUAAGACUCUUCUUGCCAAGGCCGUCGCAAAUGAGUGUUCCGCAAAUUUCAUCUCCGUCAAGGGACCCGAACUGCUUUCCAUGUGGUUCGGUGAGUCUGAGAGCAACAUUCGUGACAUUUUCGACAAGGCUCGUGCUGCUGCACCUUGCGUUGUCUUCCUGGACGAGCUGGACUCGAUCGCCAAAUCUCGAGGUGGUUCGCAAGGUGACGCUGGAGGUGCCUCCGAUCGGGUUGUCAACCAACUUUUGACAGAAAUGGACGGCAUGACCAGCAAGAAGAACGUCUUCGUCAUUGGUGCUACCAACCGACCGGAGCAACUCGACAAUGCGUUGUGCCGACCUGGCCGUCUCGACACCCUCGUCUAUGUGCCUCUUCCUGACCAGGCUGGCCGUGAGAGCAUCUUGAAGGCUCAGCUCCGCAAGACACCUGUCGCUUCGGACGUCGAUCUUGCAUACAUUGCUUCAAAGACAAAUGGCAUGUCAGGAGCGGAUUUGGGCUUUAUUACGCAACGCGCUGUGAAACUCGCGAUCAAAGAGAGCAUCGGGUUGGCCAUUGAGAAGGAAAAAGCCCGCGAGGCCGCUCAGGGUGACGACACUAAAAUGGACGAGGACCUUGACGAGGAGGAUCCCGUACCCGAGCUCACUCGUAGGCACUUCGAGGAGGCCAUGAGCAUGGCUCGUCGCUCCGUCACCGACACCGAGAUUCGUCGCUACGAGGCAUUUGCCCAGAGCAUGAAGAACAGCGCUGGUGGAAGCGCUUUCUUCCGCUUCCCUGAGGCUGGUGCUGACAGCAGUGCCGCGGCUGAGCAACAGACUGGCGCCGGCGAAGAGGAUCUCUACGAUUAGACGCAAGGUUAGGGACUACAAUAAGGGACUAUCUUGGCCAAUUCUGUGCCAAAUUACCUAGGUACUUGUAACAUGAGCGAGGAACGAAUGAGAAGUAAUUGUGCUUCAUGAAAUCAUCACGAUUCCAUCAGUAACGUAGCUAUAGAGUGUCUCAUCAAGUAUUUUCCUCUCUUGAAGACUGACAACAUGUUAUGCAAUUUCACCUAGUGUGUGUUCAUCUCACUGUGUCAAAAUACCACCUCGAUGGUGCCAUUACACACGCUGCCUGAGAAUCCUGGUAUGUGUAAUGAUCACAACUUUCCACCUUGUGGCUUCCAUGCCUUCUUCACA